CAAGGGCUGCAGCAGAGCCAGAGGAGAGGACGGGGCGGGCAGGCGGCGAGAUGGAGAAACUAAUUAUUCUGAUCUGGUUACAAGAUAUUGUUCAGAUCUCAAAUAGUUUCCAUUACAUACCAGUGAAUAAACGCACCACAGAAAUUGUUAUUGAAUGGGAUGAAUUUCCUAAGGGAGGAAAUCCUGAAUUUUAUUUUUUAAAAUAUCAACUUGUUAAUAAUGUUGCUCAAAAUAAUGUCAAAAGUAUUCUCACAGAUCCACAAAAGCUUCAGAAAUCAAUAACACUAGAGGAAAAUAAAGACUAUCAAAUAAUUAUACAAUCUAUAAAGUGUGGAAAAAUUUUAAGUGAAAAGUCAUUUCAAACCUGUGGAAUCUCAACUAGCAAUAUUAAAAUAAUAACAACAACUACAAGUGUUUCUUUUAACUGGAGUGUGCUCUCUUCCAAAGAUAUAUCCGUGUCAAUAUCUUUUAAUAAUUCUUCACAAAUGAUGCAAAAUAAUGUUGUGGAUUAUGAGUGGGGUAAUUUGAAACCUGCAACCUUGUAUGCUUUUACAUUUGAAUUUAAGCAGUUGAAUUUGGAUUUCAUAAAUGUAUUUCAGAGACUGUAUGUUCAAGUUGAAACAGGUUCAUGUUCAUUAGGAUGGGUAGCAUUGAAAAAUAACUGUUAUAGAAUUAGCGAUGAGGGUAAGCCAUGGAAUAUAGCCCAGCAACAUUGUGAGUUAUCCUUAAGUUCUGCGCAUCUUGUGGACAUAAAAAAUGAAGAGGAAAAACAUUUCAUAUUUUCGCUUCUCAGGUCAAAUAAUCAAAUAAUAAUAUGGACUGGUCUUAGAGAUAUAAAGAAAAAAGGUCAUCUCAAGUGGACAGAUGGAUCAUCUUUUGGCCUUAAGAAGAAUGAAAUAUUUUCUUUUUCAUUGAUACCCAAGAAUGAAACAGAUUGCUACAUUUUACAGCAAAAUGCAACUGGAUCAAACUAUUUCUUUAGAAGAUUUUUCUGUUAUCUUCCAUUGCCAUAUAUUUGUGAAUAUGAAUUACCUUCUCUGCAAGAAAACUUUUUGUUCUAUAUAAAAAAUGUUGGAACAACUGAAGUUGUAUUUACUUGGAAUCCUUUGAGUGUUUGGAAAAAUUUGAAUAAGUGGCUUAAACUGGGAUAUAAGAUCAUCAUUAAAUAUUAUUUAGAUUUUAAAGAAUACCAUUUUGAAAGUGUGCCCCCACAUACUACAGAAAAAGCAAUUACCCAACUGUUUCCUGGUCAUAUGUAUAGAUUUUUAUUCUUUGCAAUAAACAAAUGGGAGGCAAAAACUUCUUUAAGUCCAAUAUUCAUUGUAGAAACACGCCCGUUAUCAGCCCAAAAUUUCAGAGUUAUGCAUGUUACCCCAACAGAGAUAUUUUUACAGUGGGAUCCUCCAGAUUCUGUAUUUUUCCAUCAUUAUCUUUUAAUUAUUUUGGAUGUUGAAAACAAUAAAUCAAAAGAGGUUUUGGUUGAAAAACUCAACACAACAACAAUAAUUGAAGACCUCAAGUCUUUUCAUCGUUAUCUGAUAUAUUUGUUUAGUGUAACAGAAAAAGGAACUUUAAGUUGCUUUGAGAAACCUAUUUCAGCUGUGACAGGUAUUAAUCUACCUCAGAAAGUUUAUGCUAAACCUGAAGAUGUGGGAGAAGACAGUGUAAUUCUUCCUUGGGAACCUUCACGAGAUAGACACAAGAUCCAUAUUCACAUAUCAGGUCCUAUACCAGGUCCAACUGAAAUUAGGAAGCUCUUUAUGGAGUAUGGUAAUAGAUUCAAAAUUUAUAAUUUAAUCCCUGGAAUGACAUAUGACAUUGGAGUGGCAACAAUGAUCAAUGGGAAUGUGAGUGAGCUGGUGACUAUUCAACAAAUUCUAAAGUCCAGAAAAGUCUGGAUUGUUAUCCCUUAUGGAAGUCAUAGUACCCCUGUAAUCUUAUUUGUUCCAAUGCCCGGUAUUGAAGUGUUUGAUGCCAUACAUAUUGUAAUUAAAGGAGGACCAAACAUAACCAGGCUUUUAACACACACCCCCAGUGCAGUUGAAUUUAUGAACCCCAGCAGAGACUCAAAUGCAAUGACUGUUGGCUGGCCUUUAGCUGGAAGUCUUCUGGAUGGAUACAUUAUUUCAAUAUCCAUUGGAAGUUUAACCAAAGAAGAAAUCCUGCCUUCCACCAAAAGGACAUUCACAGUUAAUAGCCUUUCUCCAGGGACUGACUUUGUAAUUGGUGUUAUGAGUACCAAGCAGCUAAAGGGAAGCCAUCCUACUGUCCUCAGGAUGAGCCCUUCUCUAUAUCCAGACCCACCAUCAGAUUUGCUAAUUUUGGAGCAAGAAGAAAACAGGAAACAUUUGUCUUGGAAACUACUACAAGGAGGCGUUGGAAAAUUUCAGAUAUCCUAUUGUAUGGCAUCUAGAAAGAAAAAACUAUUUAAAGUAAUUGUUGAUGGCAACAAAGGCAAAAUAAAAAGUUUGACAACAGGCGUGAACUGUGUGUUUCAAAUGAAAACAGUUAGAGGCAAAGAUUGCAGUGUGCCCGUGAAGAAAAAAGUGACUACACGGUUUAUUGCGGCGGUCUUCCCACCUCCACAUGUGACCAGGUUUGUUGUGGAGGUCUUCCCACCUCCGUGUGUGACAGGGUUUGUUGCGGAGGUCUUCCCAUCUCCGUAUGUGUCAGGGUUUGUUGUGGACGUCUUUCCACCUCCACAUGUGACAGAGUUUGUUGUGGAGGUCUUCCCAAUUAAUGUGUAA